CCAAGGGGUGGGCUGAAUGUCCAUUUCGUAGAGUACCUGUAUUGACUAUCACGUGCAUAUUGUUGUUUUCAGAGGUCUGUCUGCAAUUGAUCGAAACGCUAGCGACUGAGGAUAAAUUGGAUUGCAGCUGUCCGUUGCGGUGCGAGGAGACUAACUAUUACACAUCUAUUUCCACAUCCCUGUGGCCGUCGGAGAGGUAUCAAGAACAUUUGUAUAUGAGAGUGUCGAAGCGGAAUUUCAAAGCCGCAAGUAUUAUAGAAAGCUUUGAAAAAACAAGGAAAAACCUCGUUCGACUCAAUAUUUUCUUUGAAGAGCUCAACUUCCAGUCUAUAAAUGAAGUACCAAUAUACAGUACUGCGUCGCUUCUCGGGUCUCUUGGUGGUCUCCUUGGUCUGUAUAUCGGCUUAUCGACUAUAACGAUGGUUGAAAUAAUUAUUCUUUUCAUCGAUAUCAUAGUGUUCGCAUUAAAGAAGAUCUUCUGCAGAAACAAAGUGAUGGCGAUAAAUUAAUAACAUGAUAUCGGUGAGGACGCUGCACUCGUGUUGGCUCUAACAAUGCAGGGCCGUAUCCAGGAUUGCCAUCCUUAUCAUCAUUAUAAUUGUUAUCAUCACCACCAUUAACGCCAUCAUCAUAUUAAUAAUCAUCAUUAUUAAUUUUAUUUACUAUAUGUUUUAUUAUUAUAUCAAUUUCUCACUGUAUAUAUU